CAGACCUAACAGAUUACUAAAACAGACUACGACACCAAUACGUAGAAAACUAACACCUAAAUGGAGACAUCUAUCUAGAGGAGGUAAAAGAGGAACACCAAAUAGAAACCUUAGGGAAGAUAAGAGAUCACCAAAACCAGUGGGAAUACCCACACAUAGAGAACAGAUCCCCACGAGGUAUGGAAAUGUAUCUAGGGAUACAAAAGGGACACCAGAUAGGCACUCUAGGGAGAUAAAAAGAUCACCAGAACCAGUGGUAAGGAGGAAAAUACAGACUAGUAGGAGCGAUCAGCAUCCGGUAGAAAGAAUACCAAGGGGGAUAAAUAAUAGAACUGAUUGGGAUGAAAAGAAAAAAAUCCCUACUUAUAACAGAUUUAAUGCCCUCAACACUCAACACAAAGAGGAGGAUUUUUGUGGAGACUACAUGAAGGGCAG